UGACCCCGCCCCAGGUUGCUUAGGAGAUGAGAGACGCCGAAUCUUCGUAGAUGGCGGCGGCGCGGGGAGCAGGACAGGUGCAGAGGGAACGCCUCUGAGGUCUGUACCUCGAGGGCGGCCAUGGAGAGCUCUGACAGCUCCUGCCAGGACUGGUGCAGCAGUGGGCAACACUGGUUUGAGCUCGGACCCACGGACUUGCUGGAGCGCAAGGGCUCCCUGACCCUCCGCUCCCACCACAAGAAAUACUCGAAACCGGUGUUGGUGUAUUCCUGGCACCGUGACAGAGAAGCUUAUCCCAAAGAUUAUGAUAUAGAAGGUCCCGAGGAAGUGAAAAAACUGUGUAAUUCAACGUAUUGGCGACUUGGAACCGAUGAACCCCCAAUUUGGAUAUCAGAAACACAUGAACAAAUGGCACAAGUUUAUUUAAACAAAGAAUUGGCUGAAGUAAAGAGCAAGACUUUAUUGAAUGAGGAAACAAUGAGCUCUGGGAUUAUUGAAAGGGACACUGGAUUGCCUGCAACAGGCUUUGGAGCUCUCUUUAUUAGACACCCACCAGAUCGGCGCAAAAUGUGUACAUUGACAACAUAUGCUGAAGAAUAUGCUCCACCAUAUGAUUAUCAGCCACUUGAUUAUCCUUGUCAAGAUGAUUAUUCAAUAGUCCACAGAAAAUGUCGUUCUCAGUUCACAGAUCUAAAUGGUUGCAAAAGAUUUGGCAUCAACACUUGGCAUGACGAGAGUGGGAUUUAUGCUAAUUCAUAUGUAAAACAAAAACUCUACCCAUUAACUGGUGGUCCUAUUGUCCCCUUUUAAAAUAAUGUAUGGAAUCAGAUUUUCUAAUAAUGGAUGUAACAGUUGAUGAUUUUCUAUCCUAAUAAAUGCAGUGGAAAUGUUACUAUAGUA